AUGUUAGACGAUGUCUCUACAAACAAUGUGGGAACAGAAUUGGGAGCGAGUCGAUGGUUUACCCGCGGCUGGACGCUACAGGAGCUGAUCGCACCCCCAGAAGUGAUCUUCUACGAUCGAAAUUGGAUACAACUAGGAACUCGGCAAGAUCUUGCAGCUUCUAUCUCCGAAACUACCCUAAUCGACGAAAUGGUUCUAUAUCAUGGUAUAGCGAGCUUUGGCAGUCGACACAAACCGCCGACGCAAGCGCCUCGUUUGGAUCAAUUCUGCAUUGCCAAGAAGAUGUCCUGGGCAUCAUUACGUAAGACUACUCGAGAAGAGGAUAUAGCUUAUUGCCUGCUCGGAAUAUUUGAGCUCAAUAUGCCACUUUUGUAUGGAGAGGGUGGACGAGCCUUCGUUCGACUCCAAGAAGAGCUCUUGCACCGGACAGAUGAUGACUCAAUCUUAGCUUGGAGUCUAAGCACUGAAUUCCAAUCCUGCCCGAAUGUGCAGCCUACGUCGUAUUCAUCCGCAAGAUUCACCGAUCUUCUAGCAGCAUCGCCGGAGAGUUUUCGGUAUUCUAUGAACCUCGAACGAACCCUUGGAUCAACUAUACCGUUUUCUAAGAGUAAUAUCGGUCUACACAUCCAUCUUCCUACUUUACCUAUCAAGAUGCGAUCAACAAGGGGCAUUGUGGCGGGGUUGAUAAGGGUUCUCCGAUGCGUCCGCAGCACACUAGACGAGAGGAAGCAGGGAAACAUGCUCGGUAUACUCCUUUUCCCUCUAGACCCGCCGCACGCGAGAGUUGCGAAUAGACGAUUGGCACGAAGAGCUUAUCGUCAUCAAGGAAAAGACUGGGGGACGGUGCCAGUAGACGUUGGAGAUCUGAUUCGGUCGAAAGUUGAAGCUGUUAUCCUCAUGAGCAAUGGCCCGACUUUGCUCCAUGAUGGGCGUGCCAAAGAGCAGGCACUGCGAGGGAAGAAUGAGUGUUUCAUCGUUAGCCCAUCGCCUACCCUAGGUAGCAUGCUCUACCAUUUUACACAUGCUAAAAGUUGGCUUUCUUACGAUUGUCUUCGCUCAACCCCUAGCGAGGAUAUAGAACUCAAGUCAGGAAGCUAUACAUUCGUCAAUCACAACUUUUCGACGAACGUCUUGUUCAUGACAUUCGAAAACUGGUCGGAGCCUCACCAUAAAGCCUUCACGGUUGCUAUCGAUUUAUACUCCGGGCUUACCGGUGUUUGGGAUGUUUCACUCCGAUACGUUGCUAAUGAUAACUUGGUCAGCUACUGCUGGCUCGCGCGGCAAGGUCCAGAAAUAUGUUGCUAUAUCAAGGGCAAGCUAGUCACAUACUACCAUAGCAACCCUUUCAGUAUCACCGUUAAGUUGCUUGAAACGAAGGUUAUCCACGAAUGGCGAAUACACAAGAUUGAUAUCGAGGUCGACACCGAGAGUGAGGUCGAUGUGCCACAGUGUUCGCCCGAGGCGGAUUUGACUGAGCCAUUUUCAUCCUUUCAAAUCGAUUGA